AGCGGCCGCGCUACCAAGAAGCCCAUCCGUUCGUUCGUUCCCCUACUAUUCAGUCAGUCAGUGGCACAAGAAAAGCACCAAGUAGUCGAUAUAACAGGGAAGGGGCACACAACAAAACACACGAAACGCCCGCCGCCUCAUUUUUAGUUGCGACGCCGAACGAAUAACACCAAAUGGAUUGAUCCCGAACGGAAAACGUGUUUACAUCGAUUCCACGUGGACUGUGUGAGGAUUUAACCCAAACAACGCCACCAUGUACCUCAUGCAGACUGUGAGCCACCCGCCGGUGCCGCGGAAUAAAUUGAUCACGGUGAUGGACCCACCUAUAGAGGCAGUAAAAAAGCAGAAAACGAAAUGGACAUUAGGCAGCCUUUUCAGACGUAGGACCACCAAUAAACAGCAGCAAGAAGCAGCAGAGAGCAGCUCGGAAGAAGAAGCUGACAAGAAGCAGCACCAACGAAGCUUUCUUAGCCACAGGCGCUCAAGCAGAAAAAGGUCCGAGCGGAAGGCAAAAGAAAAGAGCGCUAAAAUAAAAAUUGAGCAACAACCAUGGAGUGGUUCUGCAAAUUCCCUGGCAGGGUCGUCUGAGGGAUUCGGGUCGCACAGCAGUUUAAGCAGGAGGGACAGAAGAGAGUUGGUGAAGGCACGAGUUGAGGCCACAAGACGGGACUCUAGCUCAGAUGAUAAUGACUUCACGUUGCAUCAGUCCAGCAGCCUAACUAGAUUUAAGAGCGAUGACAGUCUGUCUAGUUUGAACAGAAGAACUCGAGCUGCGCGAACGGAACGAUAUAUGAAGAGGAUGGAAAAAUCCUCCGAAUCUUCCGAGUACCACCCUGCUAAUAAUGCGACAUGGAAUGCUACAGUUGUGAGCUACAGGGAAACUUCUCCGUUUGUUAGGGCAGUAUCGGCAACCCCUAGUCCGGUCGUGAGUCCAAAAAUGGCUCAUAGACCUCUCCCACCUCAAAUGAUGUCGCCGCCGAGGUCGAGAAGGAGCUACUGCUGUGAACAGCCACCACCAUUUAUGCCACGAAACAACCCAACUCCACAGUUGUAUGCCUCAAGCGCUUUCUUACCCUUCAGUCCGAAGCAAGCGCCACCGCCACCACCCAGAGAUCCACAACGGAGGUUCAUGGGAACGCCACAGCAAUAUGCAAAUGUGGAAGCAAAACCAGUUUAUCGCUCAAGGUCAGACCACCAACUUCCGCAAGGUGACUAUGCAAACACGAGUAUAUUUCCAUCGUCGUCACAAACACAGUUCAAGUACCUGGCGGAUCGUACUCCGCGCAGUAGACGACCCAUUCACGUGAUUCCAGUGCACGAACAGAGUCCCGAGUGCAUCCUCCCGACGCCCCCUGCCUGGUUGAAUGAGCCACCUCAGCCCGCAAAAAAGCAAUCGACGAGUCCACCGAUCAGAAGGGUAAGCAGCAUCGAAGUUACUCUGCGGACGCCUAGCAAGACACCACCCCCUCCGCCAGUCAGAAGAUAUUCAAGACAAAGUUCUGUCUCAAGUGUGGAGGAUGAAAUGCCUAAAGUUCACGCAAAACCAGUAAUGGUCACGGCGUCUACCAAUUUAGAAGAUGCAUUGAACGAACUCGAAGAGAUCUAUCAAAGUCUACAGCUCGGUGACGAGGAUUUACUCGAUAGAGCUGAAAGGCGAGAUCUUCCAACAGCAUUCCAAUUGAAGAGAGCAUCGUCUGUCGAUGUGUCAGACGACGGAAUUGUAUUGAAAAGAACAAGCCGAGCUCCACCUCUGCGGAGGUCAGGGAUACCUGAUUUGGUCACGGACGACAUGGCGUACAGAAGAUUGAAAAACCCAACAACGGGUCCUCCAGCCAAAGACAGAACUUCUGGAAGCUACCUUCUAGUUUCUCCAGCACUAUCGCCCAUUCCAGUACAAACUUUGGAUCCCGAGGAGCCGAAUACAACGUUUGACGACAUGUCAUACCGUGCCAUAAAAGAUGCAAAUCUUAUGGGAAACAAAGUUCUGGAUCCUCAACCUCCAUUUGGCAUUCCACUCACCCCAGCACCACCUGCUGCCAAUAGUGACUACUUGCAUGCAAAGCCAACUGAUAAAUAUCGUUCGACUUUUCGGCCAAGGAAGACUCCAGACUUGGUGAACGAUGAUCUCGCUUUUCGAAACCUCAGAAAAGACAACAAUAAAGUGGGGGAACUGAAACAUAAAAGAGCAGUCCGAUCGCUUUCCGCAAAUUUGAUGAACUUGAUGGAGCAGAGGGACGAGAUUGAGAAAACUCAGAGCUUGGGAAAUCUACCAGAGUCGCUGCAGGUGCUAUUGGAGGGAAGUGAGCUGAGAUCAUCGCCAGGGAGCCGACCACCUCCAAGCUGGGUUGAAAGAGCGCACCUUCUCGACACUAGCACUGAAACGUUAACACAGAGCAGAGCCAACCUGAGGAGCUUAAGAAACAGUUUUCUUUCUUCCGACGCAGAGUCCAGACCACUGUCUCUUUUCGUGCCUUCUAAUCAAAUAUCUCCGAUAAAAGAAGUAGAGACGGCAGUUCCAGCGAACGCUUCAACCGAUUAUUCCGAACAAUUUGAUGAAGAAAGACUCGAAGAACUUCUUUCUGCUCUAGCCCAAGAGGCACAGGACACGAGCGAAAAGCUAGGCAAAGAGCUCGAGCGUUUACGAGAUGGUUCCCAUUCCGUGGAGGACUUAACAAAAUCGCCGACUUUUUACCAAGGUAAUCAGUGUGCAGCUUUGAAGUUUGAGCCUGUGUCUUUAAAUGCAACCUCAUGCUACUUGCCUGUUUAUAAUCAUACAGAGUGUGAAACUAACUUACCUAAAGCAUUGCAUGAAGAUAUUAACAACAACAGCAAAAUGAAAUUUGAGACUGAACAAGCGCCAGAAUCACUAAGCAGCUCUGAACCAGAUGAAAUAAAUGUUGAUUUGGCAGAAAUUGAAUGCAACGGCUCUCAAUUUGUCGCACCCGAGAAGAUCAAUAGCACUGAAAGUCCUAGAUCAAGGACUAUUUCAAUGCAGAGUGAAUUGUGCACAAUUCAUGAAGAGUUCCAUCGAGAGGAAGAUCUUGACAUAGAGGACAUCAGCGUUGAGAUAGUCACGGAAUCUGAAUCCAUUCAAGCUGAUAUCGAGGAAAGUGUGCAGAGUGAAUCCAAAGAUUAUAAUAUGGUGGCAGAAGUUGCAUCAGAAAUUAACGACAUAGAAAUAAAUGAAGAAGAAAAUAUUGAAGAUUCUUCAUUGUCUAGCAGCGAAGAAAUUGAAGAUGACGAAGCGUGUACAAGAUUCGGUGUGCCAAAAUUAAACUUUGAUAAUUUGAAUGAAAACGCUGAAUACGAAGAAGCAGACUUUGAAACCAUUUUUAAUGAAAGUUUUAGUGAUGAUAAAAAAGAAGAAGCUGUACUCGCUUACGAAAAAUUGUCCAGUGAUAUCACAGUGGAAUCGGCAAACAACGCCCUCACGUGCGAACUUGUUCAUGUUUCUAGUGAAAAUAAUUCAUUGUGCCUGUCUAGCAAUAAUUCCUCUUUGCUCACCCUUAACACAGAGUCAAACUUGAAACUUAGUGAAACCAUUUCGGACACGUCCCUCAUUGUGCCAGACGCAACGAUCGCUUCCCCCGAAACAUUUUCCGAGUCGAGUGUCCCGGACAUGGUGCAGCUGACAGAGGUCGACCAAGCAAGUGAUUAUAGCGAUGACCUCAGUGAUAAGACAAUCGAGCCUCAUGGCUUGGAAAGACUAGAUGACGAAAACGUUACUGACGAAGUCGAGAAAAACGAAACCGAAGUAAACGAGAGCAUUGAAGAGGCCGAGCAGUUUAGUCUGACUGACCACUCGACCCUUCUGCUGCCGCUGCUGCAGAUGGCAAGGGAAGAAAACAACAAGUCGAGCUCAACUUUCCAACGCACCGUUGAAAAACUUGAUGCUCUGAUCGCGGCAGCCAGCACCGACAUCGAUGCUCCUUGCGACUUUGAGAACAAUAAUUGCAAGGGCGGCAAGGACGAACCAGUGGCCGAAGACGACCGAGAAGCAGAUUUCGACCGCAGCUUUGCUUCGAGCUUGAGACACGACCCCUCGCAGUCUGCGUUCCGAACUCCGCCAGGUCACAGAAGUCCGUCCAUUAGAAAUGUGUUCCAAGUAGCAGAACCGUGCGUCGAAGCAAUGAAUUCUCAAAUUAAAGCAAGCGAGAAACGCAGACUGAUGUCUGUCAACUUGAACGGCAGCCCUUCAAAGGUUGACAAGUCGGACUCGACUUCUCCGUCCAGCUCUGGCCUCGACAAUGGCGAGAAGAGUCCGACUAAGAGGCCGCAGCGCAAGUCUGCCGAGCUGUCGCAGAUCAGGACAACCCGCACGUCCCGACUGAGGGCGGCUGCUGCCAAUGCCUCUUCCCCGUCCAGCGACUCUGCUCUCUCGGACAACAAACCAACCGCCAGACUAAAGAGCACUGUCCCUCCUGUCAGGAAGCUGCUGGUUGACUACCCCGACUCUAGUUCCUCGAGCAGAGAGGGUACACCUCUCGGCAAAAACAUCGCGAAACUCGACGAGACGGGAGACAAGAGCGCCAAACGUAAAUCCGUCCUGAACAAAGCUAAUGCAGAAAAGCUGAGCAGCGGUGAAUCGACCACAGAUGAUGGCAGCAGCAGACUGAAAAAUAGAAUGGCACCGUCUCCAAAAUCUUCCACUACUUGCAGAUCGUUGCGACCGACCAGUAAUCAACCGUCAUCAAGCCAAAAUUUGCGAAAUGCUUCUGAUCCAGCUAAAGUGGAGUCUAAAAAAAUCAUCGAAGUGGGCAAAAGCGAGCUGUCAAAACGAGCUGACAAUUUGCUGGCUCGCUACAAAGAGUGUGACUCAAGACUGGACAAUUUGGCAGCGCGAAAAGCAAGCAGGAACAAAGCAGCUCCAAUGGCAAAGAAAAUCCUUCAUUCCGCCACCAAAGAGAAUGAGAAAAAUAUCGAUAAGGCGCGAGCAAAAGAUGAGGUUGAAGAGGAAGAGGCGCCUAAGAAAAUUUUGGCGCCUAACAACUCGUCUGAAAAGAGCAGUGCUGGAAACAGCGCUGCUAAUUCUAGGCAGUCACCUGUCAAGGAGAGGAAGACUUCAAUUUUGAAGAAAAAAUCCAUGGACGACGCAACAGGUCCAGUUUCUAUUCUAAAGCAUGAAGUUGCGUCCAGUGUUCAGCCUUCUGUUUCGGUGAAAGCACCUUCUCCAAGACCGCAAAGUAUUCUGAAGAAAAAAUCAAGUGUGGAUGAGCCUUCUUGCGAAGAGAGAAGUGGCGAAGAGUUUGAAGACGAGCCACAGGGCAUUCUCAAGAGGAAAAGCUCCACUAGCAACAAGGGCAAAAUGCACACGAUUCUGAAGAAGAAGAGCUCUGAAGAGUUGCUACCUGAAGAUUUGGUAGAGCCAAGGCCGAUUUUAAAGAAGAGAGCUAGCACAGACGACGAAGUGCUCUCUUCUAAUGAGUCGGAAAAACCUAGACCCAUUUUAAAGAGCGGUAGGAGAUCAGCAGAAGGCGACGAAUCCAACUACUCCUCUGCCAAUUCAAGCCCAGUGCGCAGAAGUCCGUCAGUGAAGGUUGAGGAGGGUGUAAUCCGCAACCAAGUCAACCUGACCCUCAGAUUUAAUCAGCAAGCCGACCAAGAAGAUGGACCGUUUGAAAGUGCCUGUUUGAGUGCCUCUGAGGAUGAAAAUUCCAGGCGGGGACCAAGUGUGAGUGAAAGGGCUCAGCUGUUUAUGCGACUGCAGGAAAUGCACAGGCUGCCGUCCAACGAUACGCCUUCGACCUCGAAAGGGUUUGCCACCUCAAGUGGGGAUGAUUUACCUCCAAUGGUCACCACCAGGAGAGAGAGAGCGAAACGAUUUUCAACCCAGCCUGUCACAUCAGAGGAAGUAGAUGAGGCAAAGAGUCAGAUCAGUGUGGGCCCAGAACCGAUCUCGAUACCCACCCCAGCUACCAUGACCGGAGACUCUGAUGACGAAGAGGAAGAGCCGUCCAGCCUCAGUUUGGCGGAGAGAGUGCGCCUUUUCACUCAGAAAAUCGAGCAGCAGAACCGGCAGCCGAAGGAGGGCCAGCCAGUGCAGAAAAGGACGGUCAAGAAGCAGGUCACUUCCACUAGGUUCAGGACGCUACCCGUCACUGACGCAGAGGUGGAAGGUUUCUCAAACACCCUGGGCACUCGCCACCAGCCCUCUGGUUUAGAUGGAUUGGUUGCUAGAGCUGUGAUGGAAACCUCUCGCUCGGACCCCAUUGACGUCGAUCCGAGGCCAAGAGGCAUUCUGAAACACUGUUCCUCCAUGGGCAGCAAUUCGUACCCACCACUGAGCACAGAGCCGCUGAUCCCGCCAGAAGAAACAGACAUAGUCAGGGGCAUUCUAAAAAUCCCUGCGUCGGUCAUUGCCAAUGCUCUGGGAAGUCAGCAGCAAUCCGCCUUCACUUCCUCUUUUAAAAGCGCUUUGAAGAAAGAAUCCAGCACUGAUGAAAGGAGCAACCAGUCUCCCACGAGAAGCAUCCUGAAGACUGGAAAAGCUGAGGAGUGGACGGAGUCGUCUUCGGAAGAGGAAAUUAAUUCCGGGGAGAUCAAGGAGAAUCUAGCCAGCCUCUUGAAUGACGUGGCUACACAAGCAGAAGAGGAGAGGACCAUCUUGUCUUCAGAUACAGAAUGUGACACUUCUUCCUCAGGAGGAAGAGAGGUCAAAAACAUCAUUUCCAGUGCGAUUGAAUACCGAGACACCGUGGCGACGCUGACAGCCACCGCGUCCGCUGUGCAUCAGCAGCAGCAGGGCGUGGCGCCGGAACAGGAGCCGAAACAGCGGGCCUCGAGUGCUGAAGAAGCGUCCUCAUGGGGUCCUCCGCCAGCAGCAGAGCCACCGAAAGUUGUCAAAAAGUUCGAGGCGGCGAUCAAGCCGACUGAAAAUGGGCAGGGCAAGAAGGAGUCUGACUCUGUCUCCAAAAUCAGCAUUGCUGAAAGGCUAGCCUUGCUAAAGCAGAACGGUGAGACAGAAUGGAAGAAGCGUGUCCCUCGCGCCUCCCCUGGUGACGAACUCGCGUCCAAUGGCAACAAAGACGCCGGCUACAAGCCAUUGCAACAGUCAAAAUCAAUGCCUGGCUCGGCACGCGGCAUUUUGGCCGAGAAACUCAACCAACUUGACGUUGCCGCCAGUGAUUGGAAAAAGAGAGUGGGGCCAAAAGAUGCAGUCGACUUUUCUGUUGCUGGACGAAUGGGUGUCGAAACAGGGACCCCAAGCCCCUUUAUGUCUCCAGCGCGAGAAAAAAGAACGCCAAAACCAGCCAGGUUCAAGAGCAAAAAAGAGCGUAACAACAGGACGUCCUCAAAAGAAUCAGAUGGCGGCAAUUCGUCCACGCCAGAAUCUCCUUCGAAAGAGGCAGCAGUGACCAUCAAACUGCCACCUCUAGCGAGGAGUAUUUCAGCUCCUGAGUCUCAGCCGGUUAUCAAAGUGCCCUCCAUGACUGACCAUCUGGACCAAUUCUUCACUAGCACCGCCGAAACUAUCACGAUGGAAUCGGAAGAAAUCGGAACAUUACCUGACGCCGAGCAGCACACUCUACUAGUAAGCCAUAGAAGAACAGUACAAGUGCAAAAACGACGGAACGCAACCCGCAAUCCACUGAAGACCUUGGCCGCAAGAACUGACAUUGUGCAAGAGUACCAAGAGGUACGCACCGGAGCCGCCGAGAGAGAAAUGAAGAGACUGAACGUUGAAAAGUUGGCAAAAAAUUCUAAUCUUGCGGUUGAGGCGCUAGCCGGCUUAGCCAGCAAGGAGGACUUCACCGCCGUUAGCCUGAAGAAGCCGUCUGGUGACCCUGUGGGCACCCUGCUGCCCUUCAGGGACCUGAUGCUCCUGCAGGUUAAGGGUAGGAGGCAUGUUCAAACAAGACUGGUGGAGCCGGUGGCAAGCAAAGUCAACCAGGGUGACUCCUAUGUCCUUGUCACUCCAAAUGCUGUUUACAAUUGGCUUGGAAAGUUUUCAAAUGUGAUCGAGAGGACGAGAAGUGCUGAAAUCGCCUUACAAAUCUCGCAGCGCAAAGACCUGGGAUGCUUGAAGGCAGCUGGCAACGUUUUUACCAUCGACGAAGCCAAGAGCCUGGGGAGCGCCUCUCACAAAAAAGCUUUUUGGAAGCUUCUCGGCGUACAAGAAGGGUGCGGAGAAGCUCUCAAAGCUGGCCAUCCAGACGAGGACGAGGAAUACGAAAACGUCAUCUCCGAAACGAACAAAAUCUGGAUGGUCGAGGACGACGAACUUAUUCCUGUAGAAAAGUACUGGGGCUCAGUGCCAAAAAUCGAGGUACUGGCACCCAACAAAGUCUUAGUCUUCGACUUUGGAUCUGAGGUCUACAUUUGGAAUGGAAAGAACGCCACUGGCGACGUGCGAAGGUUCGCCGCGGAGUUUGUCCAGGACGAACUUUGGCAGACGGUUGAUUACUCCGAUUGUGACAUCAGUCCGAUCGGGGACACAGCCGUCAAGGUCCGGCCGGAGUGGGCGAUCCUGGGCAAGCUGAGUCAGCACAUGGAGACGGCCUUGUUCCGCGAAAAGUUCCUCGACUGGCCCGAGUUUAGCAGGGUGAUCAGAGUGAAGAGGAAAGGCGAGACCGAGGUCGACGGCUCGAUUGAAGUUUUGCCCUGUGACGCAAAUAAGAUGGCCGCCCAGGAGUGGACGGAGCCGGACUUUGAACUCGAGAGCAGCCACAUUGGCCGCGGUGAGCACUACUUCGACCACGAGACGCGCAGGCACUUUGAGAUCGCCACCACCGCCGUGGAAGUGUGGCACAUCGAGGAAUUCGAGUACCAUGAGAUCCCAGACGCCUCCAUGGGCCAGUUCCACGAGGGAGACAGCUACGUGGUCCGCUGGAACUACUCCAUCACUGUCAGCGGCCGGGAACUAAGCGGGGCGCCGUCCAAGCACGGCACCGUCGGAAGAGACCGCUGCGCCUACUUCUUCUGGCAGGGAUCUCAAUCUAGCCUCAGCGAACAGGGAGCAGCCGCUCUCCUCACCGUUGAACUAGAUAAAGAACAAGGACCUCAGGUCCGUGUCGUGCAAGGCUCCGAACUGGCCGUGUUCCGCGGCCUCUUCAACGGCCACAUGGCCAUCCACCGCGGCCACCGCGGUCAGCAGCAAGAAACAUCACCCAAGUGGCGCCUGUUUGUCACCGUGACCGGCGCCAUAGACAAGGAGAGCUGCCUCCUUGAGGUGGCGCCGAGCGUGCGGCAGUUACGUUCUCGUUCUUCACUUAUCCUGCUUGACACCAAGAGCGACAAAGCAUUUGUUUGGCACGGCAACCAGUCGCACAAGCAUACUAAGGCUGCUGCGCUCAGGGCGGCUAGGCAAAUGCACCUCCACCCUGAAUUCCACCUUGGCAAGGAAGCUGAGAUCGAGGAAAUCAACGAGGGGGAUAAGCAAAUUGAAUUCUUUAGAGGUCUUGGAGGGAACAACACGAAUCUGUAUGACAGCCUGCCGCCGUCAAACGAGCCAUGUGACCUGAAGAUGUUCCACUUCUCGUCAGCGUCAGGCGCUUUCACUGUGCAGGAGAUGCUGAGCGCGACCAGGACAAAGGAGCCGGCCGAGGCGUUUCCCUUCGUGCAGCGCGACCUCUACGAGCUGAGUCAGCCGGCGCUGGUACUGGUCGACGCAGGCUGUGUCCUCUGGCUGUGGCAGGGCUGGUGGCCUCGCGAGGAUGGCAGUGGUGGCGACGACAGCACCGGCUCUGGCGCCAUCCGCUGGCAGGCGGAGCGCCGGGCGGCUAUGCAGACGGCCGUCAACUACUGGACGGCCACUAGAGGCCCUGAUGCCAGGCUGAGUGCCAACCUCGUCUGGGCCGGUCUCGAGAGCGUUGAGUUUGUCAGCCUCUUCCCCGACUGGCAGAACAAGGAUGAUGCCACCGAGAGUAAUAUGCAGGAUGGACGGAAGCCAGGCGAGACUCUGAGCGUUGAGGACGAACUGGCAAGACUGACCCAGUCCACCUACCCACCUGCCCAGCUGCUGCAGCGGCCGCUGCCGGAUGGAGUUGACCCAACAAAGCUAGAAGAGUACCUGUCCUCAGAGCAUUUUGAGGAGCUGCUUGGCAUGACGAAAGAAGAGUUCACUGAGUUGCCUACGUGGAAACAAACCAGCGUCAAGAAACAAGUUGGACUAUUCUAAAGUGUGAUUUUCAUUUUAAAUUCUCUCUCGCUGACAGUGCCAUUUUUUUGUAAAAGAAAAAGGAUAUCUCUGCUGUUUUCGUGUCGAGUGCUUUUGUGAUUCCUGACUGUGAUUCUGCCUUCUGUCUGCCAUGGCAAAAUGAGGAAUUAUCAAUCGCUGCGACCAAUUUGUGAAUGUAUCUAACGUUAACGCAUUCAGUCUGCUCUCUUGAGCCCAGAGUAAUUUCUGUUGUCAGCUCUAAAGCGCGGGUACAUAUUUUCAGAGAUAAACUCGAAUGGAAGGAGAUGGAAAUUAGUUAACUACGCCAGAAAACCCUUCUAUAUCUCUUCAAUUUGUAAUUGUAAUUAAAUUUUUAAGUUGUAUUAUCCAGCAGUUGCCAACAACUACCGAUAUAUUUUAAUAAAGCAAGAAAUGAAAGCAA